UCAUAGCAUUUCUAUUCCCCCCUUCGACGGGUCAGACUGGCCCAGGCCAAUGUGGUGUUUACCUGCCUAGCCGGGGUGUAAACAUCGUUCCGCCGGCAGUUGGUUUGUUAUGAAUUUGUUGGAAACUGUUGUUUCGUCUCAUCAAAAACAUCGAAAUAAAUUACCAAAAUAAUUCAAGUGAAGUGAAGGAUUAUUUAAAAACUAUGUAAACAUGAGGCUUAUGACAACGAAUCAGGACACGUACGGUCGUCUAAUACGAUGUAUCGUAUUGAAUUCCUUCACAAGUAUUUUUGAGAGCAAUGAAGAAAUCCCCGAAACGAUUACACACAUCUGCCUGUCGGCAAUGUCUUCCAAGGGUACAGACAUUAGGGACAGAAUUGUUGAAUUCAAUUAUCUUGUCAAUGUAUACAAGGCGAAAAUUCUCAAGGAUUGUCAGCGAUUCAAUGAAGAAGGUGAGAAUGGAAUGCUCGCCUUGCAAACACCGAGAGAGGACACUCAGGCCAGAGCUUUUGAGUUCUUCGAUGAGAAUCGAAGUGAAUUGUUGAAAAUUAAUAGCACUGGGAAACUUCCGACGAUGAUUACAACGUCAGUAAUUCAAGAAGCAGCGCGCAAUCAUCUUGGCAUCUACAUUGACUAUAAGUCAAAUAAUAAAUGUGAGAGAUACAUGUACUGGGCCUAUCGUAACAUUGCCAUGAAGUGGUGGCAAUCCAGAGUUAAGAAUAAAGAGAACACUGAAACAAAAACGUCUUGUGAUGCAGAGAAGUCCGAGGAUUCGUCAACUCAUCGCAACGGUAACUCCGUAAGAGAUCAGCAAACUAGGAGAAAGAGGAGUUGUACGAAUGGAGAAACUGAUGAGAACGCAAAUUCUUGUGCCAAGAAUGAACCUCUUCGAGACGUUCCUCAGAAUAAUGGAAGACAAUCACCAGUAUACUGGGUGAGAUCAGAUAAACAUUUUCGUUCCUUGAUGCGAUUGGAACAAAAGAAGAAGAAACAGAGGCUUCUUCAGUCCAUUUAAACAUAUUUUACUCUUCAACUUGAAAAAAAAAACCAUGGCUGAUUCACUGCAGCAAACAAUUUUUUUUGCACCCAAAACUCUAAAACAACUGCAUUGUACUUCUUUCUACAUUUAUUAAAGACGAAGACUAUUCUCUGAAACAUUGCACGGUGUGAUAAUUUUUCACUGAUAUUUGCCGUAUUUGAAAUGUGAAAUAUCAACUCCUAAAUUACCAUUCUCCAGUAAAAACAACUUUUUGAAAUCCAAUCAUUUGGGAUAGUUUAAUGAAAUAUUAUAGUUUGGGAAUUAAUAUUUAUUUUUUAAUUAAUUUUUUCCCAAUUCAAAAUUUUUUCAGUAGAGAGCAAGACAACUGCAAUGGCCAGGUGUGUGUUCUGUUGAGUCGUUCGAGUACAUAUCAUUUUCGCGGGAAAACAAGACGUGUGUUGCCUGUGUGAUGCUUUUGUGAAAGCAUGUUUAUACACCAUUCGUCGAUAAAAAAAAUACUCCGUUUCUUACCUGGCGAUUAUAUCGCCUUCUAGCUGACCGAUAUGCUUUACCAUAGAAUUAUAAAUAAAUAUUUUCAAUGAAUGGAUGUCUAUGAGGAUUAUUACAGCACAUAUCCUCCACAUUAACGAUGAACUGUAAAAAAAAGUGAUGAAUAACGAACGACGAAGAAAAAAAAGAUGCAAAAAACGAGAAGUGUAUCCCAAAUUGUUCCCAAACGAUUGGAAUUGGUUUCAUCCGGAAAUUUAUUAUUUACCUGCUAGCCACAUGUCCGUGCACUCCAAAAUGUUUUAUAGUUAAAAUAAAUUACAACUAUGUUUAUCAAGUUCAGUCAUACGUGACCCUGAAAUUUUAUUUGCAAUAAUAGCUUUGUAUAUUUCGACCGUUCACCUAGCAGCUGCACUGCGCUGCAGCAUGCAGUGCGACAGAUUCCAACUCGAUGGCCCAGUCAUGGAGUCUAAAAAACAGUAGAAAAAAGUUGGAAUUCACCAGAGAACCGUCCAAAUACGUGAAAAUAAAGCCCAAAUGAUGGAGGAAGAGAUAGACAUUUACGGAGAUUUGGACCACUUGGAUGAAGACAAAUUGGAAAUUACACCUCAAGUGACCAGAGAGUUGCAACAGGAGAAUGCCGAGUUGCAGAAAAAAAUUGAAGAGCUCAGUAGUGAAUUAGAGAGGAUAACUAAAUACUCCAAAUCUCUGGAGGCUAACAUAUCGUCUCUGCAUAAAACGGCAAAGGUGGAAAUUGCAAGAAAAGAUCGAAUGAUCACGGAUCUUCGUCAGCAGCUUGACAAUGCAGCUUUUCGACGCAACACCAAUUUCCGCAUUCCAAAAAGGAUCCCGAGACCUUCAGUAAUCUCCUUACCCCCAAAAGAUGAAUCCACUUGCACCGAAAUUAAGAAAGAAGAAGUUAACAAUACAAUCAACAAAGAAGAAACUGAGUACCAGAGCCCACUCAUCACAAACGAUGAGGAUUUCGAUGAUGCCGAGAAUCUUUAUCAACCGGAGAAUCUUCCAUUGACAGUUUUCGGAGAGAGACUGAAGAGAAAAAUCGAGCAGGAAUCUCGAGAGGAAGCAGAAGCUUCUGAGAACGUCCGAGAAGAGCAGGCACAACAAUCCGAAGACAUUGGGACUGAUAAAGCUCCAGAAGUCCUCGAAAAUAUUGACACAGUUCAAAAUAAAGAGGACAAGGAGAACAAGUAUCGACUUAUUCCGUUAACCCUCCAGAGACUGGCUGAAAAUUCACGAAAGAGAGGUUCAGAUAGUGUUGAAAAAUCAGAGGAACAGGAUUAUUCCAGGCCGAGGGAUAGUCAUGAGAAUAAGAGGAGAAAAUUCGACAAUAGUGAGAGUCGAAGAGAUCAAUCUCCAGACGUAGAUAGAUAUAAAAAUUCGACAGCGACAGCAACAGCGAAAUCUGUAUAUAGGAAGAGGAUGAAGAUCAAGGCGGAGUACUAUUGCCCUGGCAAACCAAAUACGCACGACAAUUCUCGCCACCAGAAAACACCAGGAAGCAGUUGUUCUAGGAGUAGAUCAAAGAGCAGAGAGAGGAGAGACAGGAGAGACCCUCACUCUUCAUUAGAUAGGAGAAAAGAUACUAGGGGGCGAAGUAAAACUCCACCGCGUGGACACGAUAGUGAGAAAGGUAAAUACCGCUCUAGUAGAAAAGCAAGUGAUGAUAGAUAUGGGGAGAGAAGAGGAGAGAAAUCACGAAAUUCAAAACGACCGGUCCGAAAAGACGUGACUCCGCCUGUGAAAAGAAUGGACUUGCGACGCAGGUUGGAUAGAAGAAAUGAUGGCAGAGUAGAUUGCAAAAUUCAAGAUGAGAUGAGAAAAAGGACUCACAGUGGUGCUGAUGCUAGGAGAAAUAAUAGACUGAGAAGAUCGCGAGAGGUGUCGAAAAACAAUCAUGUCAGUAAAAGUGAAAUUAAUGAUUCGAAACAUCCAAGUCGAUUGAGGCUCAAUGUGAAUGGUCAAAGAGAUGUGGACAGGACUAAAAGUGAAAGAUCAAAGUCUCCGUCCACUGAACGAAGAAGACGAAAUUCGUCUGAUGAAAAAAUAAAAACUGAACCACCCAAAGAAUCGGAGGAAAUCGUUGCAAAGGACAAGAUGCCGAUCGAUAGGGAUGAUAUAGAAGAGGGGGAGAUACCCGACAGUCCGUGUCGCGAGUCUCCAGACCCAGCACGUGCAUCCACAACCAAUAAAAUUAAACUGUCACCUUCGAAAGAUGAUCAGUUGCAUCCCGAGGUGAAUGGAGUAGAACCUCACAACUUGGAUGACUCUCUGAGAGAGGAGAAGAUUGAGAAUAUUGAAUUGUUUAUUGAGAAGCUGCAAAGUAACGAUCGAGAAUUUUUCCAAGAGCAGACCCGAAUAAAGAAUGAGAAAUUACAAUCAUUAUCAAGUAAUCAAUUGGGAAUUGUCAGUGAUAGUAAACAAAUAACUAGUCAAGAUCGGAAAGCGAACGUUGAAAUAAUUUCAGCGAUCUCAAAGAAAGACACUUCGGAUGAGUCAGUGCAUCUCACCAGUAUCCUCGGGGAUUCUUCCGAUGAGGAGGUUUGCGAGUCAGCUUUGAACGCAGAGACAGCUGCUAUUUCUGAUAAUGAAGUGGAAAGAAAAAUGCCAGAUACUGCUCACAAUGUUUCCCAUUCACUCGACGACUUGAUACCGAAUGGUAUAACAAAGAAAUCCGAAAUUGUUGGGGUGCCCACAGAUGCCAGUGCAGAUCAAAUACCAGAGGCUAUAUUUGAUGAUGUAAAAACUUCACCAAAAGACGAUGCGCCACAAUCGACUAUUUUCGGAUCCACAUCCCCUGCAACGGAAAAUGAUAGCAUCGAGAAAAUAUCGAAAUCAUGCCCCAAGUUGUUAGAGGCACUUCAAACCCCGCGGGCGAUUCUCCAAGAAAUCGACUCGCUGCCGAAAACCAAACCGUUGAAACCAAACGAGCCUCAUUUGCAGAAAUCUGUACCAAAGGAGAAAGAGAACAGUGGCGCAAAAACAGAUAGAAUAAUAGUUGUAGCUAGAAGGAGAAAAGUUAGAUUAACCGACAUUUCUACUUCCAUGACGGUCGUAGUGAGCGAGAAGAAUACCGACGAAAAUCAGUAGCGCAUUGAAUUGAAAUGAGGAGCUUUCGAUAUUUGGAUGGUUUUUCUACGAAAAAAAAAAAAAAAAAAAAA